GAGGCCAGCUGUUAGGGAAAAGGUGACUUUGGAGGUGGUGAACCCAUGUCCUUAGCUGAGGGGCUGAUGGCUCUUGAGCAGCGUGGCCUAGAACUUUCUACCACAUAGAGAGAGCCUGCACCUGCUCUCCAGAGGAGCUGUUCUUGACUCAGCCCUGUCAACUGUGGAGAGAGAUCUAGUGCCCUCUGGACCUAAGCAAGAAGAAUCCUUCCUGAAUGAAAUUCCUUCCCUGGGAAGACCCUUUCUCUUUCCCAUGCCUUGAUAGAGGAUAUGUGUUCACAGGAGUCACCAUGGCCUGGUCCUCCAGCCCGAAGAGUCUCCUCACAGUCUUUGUCUUUACCAGCUUGGCUGUCAGCUCUGUGGAGAGUAACCAGUGUAUGGUAUAUACAUGUGAAAAUGAACAAUGUACUGAGGAUACAGAUGAUUGUCUAGACUCUAAUGGUUGCUUCAAUCAAAUACAGAGAUUUGACACACCAUCUCCUGCUACAAACCAAACGAUUAAGCAAAAAGGGUGUUCUAAAGACCCAUGUAGUGAACUGGAAUUCUCAGCCACACUGGGGGAGCAACGGAGAUUUAGCUUUGUGAACCGUUGCUGCACAUCUGAUAGGUGCAAUGAAGGUGACUUAACACUACCUCAGGCAUCUGAAGAAGCCAAUGGUAUUCAAUGUCUUGCCUACUAUGCGGACGCAGGAAUGCUGGGUGUCCCAACUCUCCUAAAUUGCACGGGAAAUGAGACAGAAUGCGGUUUCGUUAUUGGCACAGCAGCGGGAAGCAGUCAUCCCUUUGCCUUUGUGAUGGCUGGAAUGGGCUGUGUGACAGAAAGCGUCUGCAACAGGAGUAUAACUGUUCUCAACAGCACAAAUAUCUUUACCUUCUGCUCGAGUAAGUUUGCUGUGUUUCCAACCAACUCAUCAGUUCCGGAUGAAACUUCUGGCUUUCGACCUGCAUCCAUCUCAACAGUACCAAUGCUGAUUGUUCUCCUCCUGCUGAAAGUCUUGCUUUGAUCAUUCAGGCUCAGGCACACACAGUCCUACACACACGUUUGGACGGAUUCCUUCAAUGUGGAAGAAUUAAAAGUUGGCUUGUUUGUAUUAUAGUGUAAAAACUCCAGUUCAUUUUAAGUUUUACUUAAUUUCAAAAUUUGUGUGAGGGUGUGCAUGUGUGUGUGUGUAUGUGUGCAAGCAUGCGUGUAUGCAUGUGUGUAUUGCUGGUGGAGUCCAGAAGAGGGUGUCAGAUCUCCUUCAGCUGGAGUUACAGGUGUUGUGAGAUGCCUAGUGUGGGUGCUGGGAACAGAACUCUGGUUCUAUAUGGACACAGUUUUAGUUGCUGAGCCCUCUCUCCAGUCCCCUGUGAUCCCUUUUGAAAUGACCCCUUCUUUUACUCUUCAUAGCAUGUCUAAGAUGUUUGAGAUGACAUUCGUGAGAUUCUCUUUAGUCCUACUGUGGUUUCCAACCAUCCCUUGAGCCAUGCAUCCUGGAACUUAUCUUUUCUGAAUGUUAAUUUCUAUUUAUAUGUGUUUAAUUUCUAUUUAUAUUUGAUUCUUGUUACGAAAAAUAAAUUUGAAUGAAUAAUUCA